AUGGCGGCGCCUUCGACCGAGGGCUUCAACAUGGAUCCUAAGGUCCCUGAUCCGCCAAGCGUCGAUCGCGAGUCGAUGCUGGCUCAACGUCGGGCUGUCGGCUGGCAGGAGCUUAAGCUGGGCGUGGUGAAAAAGUCCAUUAUCCGACAGAUUUGGCUGCCAGACGAGUGGCUCUCGCAAGACGACAAUGAGCCGGAGACCUCCACCCGCCAUGGCAAGGAGACUCGCGCGCAGCGCGGCGGGCCAACUGCAGUCCAUCCGAAGUGGGCAGGGGGCGGCAUGCCACAGGCUGGAUUGGCAGCGACUUCCCGUGCUGCCGGCAUCCAGGGCGGAGGUGAGCCAGUCGUCCAGGACAGAGCGACCGCAGAGGCAAAGGACGAAGAGGGCGAGCACUCCAACUCGCCAGGGGUCGGCGGGAAGCACAGCGACGGAAGUCCCUUGGCAGCCGGAGAGGCGGUCUGGAGCGGGAACCACGGUCCUCCAGAGACUCCGGAAGAUUUAGUCCUCCUCGAUCCAGUCCUCCCCCUGCGAAAGCUGAGUGCAGCCUUCUCCGAGUGCACAAACGAUGAAGCCAGGGCUAUGGAAGCGGACCGAGUCGAUCCCUCUCCGAUGGUCACCCUUGAUAUGCGCCAGAUGGAGGCACUGCUGCAGGCGCAGUGUCGCCAGAUUGUGGCCUCGAAUGAAGCUCAGGUGCAGCAGCUCUUCGCCACGUUGGAGAAUAAAUACGACAAGAAGCUUGCUGAUGCGGAAGUUCGCUUCGACAAUGUGGAGGAGAGGGUCGGAGGGGUUGAAGCAAGGCUUCAGAAGAUCGAAGACCUUCUUCGGCAGGGCAAAGGACCAGGGAUUGAUGUCUCCCACGACGAUGAGGCUCGCAGAAAGCUCACGCUGGUGUUUGGAGGGUGGCAGCCUGACACGCCGCGCCGUACCAUCGUUGCAGAAGUGACUGAAGCCCUUGAGAAGCUGGACCUACAGGAUCUGACGGAUUCGGCUCCGUUCACGACGGGGCCUCGGAGGUCUGUUGCGCUCAUGGGGUUCAAGCUUCGAACUGGCGAAGGCCUGGGAGAUACGCGCAGGCGGAUGCUUAAAGUUAUCACUGGUCUUGCUGACUCCCAGCCUCUCACAUCACAUGGGAAGAAGAUGUGGUGCAGCUACUCGCGCACAAAAGCCGAGCGUGAUGUGAGUGGGCAUGCAUCGUGGGUCAAGAGGGCAAUCAAUCUCCUUGAGCAGGGUCUGUCAUCCUCACUCGACAUUGAGUUUUCGACGGGCACGGUUUGGUGUGGGGAUUCGAUGGUUGCGAGCGCCACCAAAGCUCCCCCAGUUGUGGUGCAGGAGUCCGAUGUGAUGUGGGAUGAUAGGCUUGUGACCAAUCCAUGGAUCCACGUGGCUGCACUUGCCAGGGAAACUCGCAAGGAUGUGGCUCACCUUGAAAGCACUGGAGGACUCGAAACGCUGACCUCUGGAAGUGUCGUUUGCCUUCAGGAGAGCAAAGCUCCAGCGAACCAAAAAAUCUUGGAAAGCGGCCUCAACGCAAGGCGAGCAGACAGGAAACAAUGGGAACAAGCCCGACUGGCCAAGGCUUCACAGUGUGAUUGGGCAUCCUUUCGAAGGGUCAGGGCUGAAGGGCAGGGAUCUUGGCCGGAUUGCUUCGCGGCAGCCCAAGCUACCGAUCCGCAUGAGGUUGUUGAUGAUCACUUCAAGGCUAUCUACAAGGCAGACCCUCAACAACGAACUGUUUUCCCUGAGGGCGAUGUGGUGGGGUUCUCGGUUGAGGAAAUCCGCAAAGGGAUCUUUCAGAUGAAGAAGGGCAAGUCAGUGGGGGUUGACCUUACUUCCCGUGAGCUCUUCGAAGGGCUACUUGAGACUCCUGGUGGCGCCAGCCACCUUGCGGAAUUCUUCACAUCCAUCUUGGUUUCCCAGCAGGUGCCGAAGGACUGGAAUAAAUCUAUUCUUAUAGUCCUGGCGAAAGUUCCUCAGCCGCUGGCGCCUCGUGACCUUAGGCCUAUUGCACUUGGAAGCGCCACAUCCAAGCUUUUUGCCAGGCUCCUCUUGAAUAGAUGCCUUCCGAAAUUGGGCCCCAAAUCACCCUAUCAGUGUGCCAGAGAGCACCGACAAAGUAACGACUACGUCUUCUCGCUUUGGAGGAUAUUCGAGCUAUGCAGAGAGUGGAACAAACCACUCACAUGUGUGAAGAUUGAUAUCCACAAAGCUUUUGAUAGUGUGGAUCGGGGGGCCUUGAUACGGAAACUGAGAUCGAGGUUGGGAUCAACAGCAGAAAUGGCCUGUUUCGAACAGCUGCUUCUUGACACAACGGCCCUCUUGGUUACUCCGUGGGGAAUGUCUGAAUUUCGAAUGGAUUCGGGGAUAAAGCAGGGAGCGGUUGAAAGCCCGUGCUUUUUCAGUCUGCUUAUGGAAGAAGGGUUGGAAGAAGCGGCCGAACUCCACAGGUGGUCUGAACAGCCUCUCCUUUUCCCGGACCUUGUAUAUGAAUCAGCUCUCUUCAUGGAUGACGGCAUCUUGUGGGGAAGUUCGCCCUCGAUCGUUGCACGCAAACUGGAGCAAUUUCUUGGGGUUCUCAAGGGAUACGGCCUGCACUUGAAUGUGCAGAAGUGCCAGUUAUACUGCAGCAAGGAUACAGCUUCUCCACACUCCAUUCGGGUACAGGAACACACGCUUGUGGCGCACGAAUCCUUGGAGAUUAUGGGGUUGCAACUCAGGAAAGGGAUGUCCAUGUGCGAACUGCUGCAGCCCUUGAUCUCCCGGGCCAAACAGAAGUUCUGGAGCCUUAAGCACUUACUCAGGUGUAAGACCCCAAUCAGGGGCAGGGUUCAUCUCUUCCAACGUGUGGUUGCAGGCACGGCACUUUGGUGCAUCUCAGCACUGCCGCCGGACAAAGCCUCAAUGGGGCUACUCAACAGCAUCCAGGCCAUGUUGCUGGGGUGGAUGAUGCGUCUGUAUAGGGCAGAAGGGGAAACGUGGAUCCAGUUCAGACAAAGGGUUAUCCGUUCGGCGAGGUCACUCUUGCAUUCUUCCGGGUGCCUGCGUUGGAGCACAUUGUGGUUGCAACGUUGGUGGGAUUACAGUGGCCAUCGAGUGCGUGGCCUGCUACACCCCCAGCCACCCCUUAGUGCUUAUGUGGACGAAUUCAGGAGUUUAUCAUGGUGGCGACAUACACAGAAGCUUAAGUCAGGGCCGAGGCAUGGGCACCAUUAUGCUCGCUUGACAGCGCUAGAAGAAGGGAUGAACAGGGUUUGCCAGGGACCGUGGAGGGGUGCAGUGCAUGAUCGAGGGAAGUGGAGGUCUCUUCGGGCUUGUUGGAUUGAUCAAAACGAUCUCCCUUGGGCCUCGGGACGUCAGCUUGCUUUGCCGGAUUGGAGUUAG